AUGCUCAAACCUGGUCCUCCUAUUUGCAUCACUAUCAGGGACUUAGGGGUUAUCAUUGGCAGAGAGUACUUCAUAUAUGGGAGGAUUACAUGGAUAUUGGAGUUGGACAGCCAUGGAUAUCCUGGCAAGCCUAUGCACUACUUGUGCAGGUUCACCAUCCAUGAUGAAUCAGCUGAAGUCAAUGUGGUUGCGUGGGAGGGAGCUGCUCUUGCUGCUGGUAUGCUAGAGGUUGGAGAGCUUUACAGCUUUGAGCAUUUUGGCCUCCAGGAGGCCAACAUGCAGUUCACAUGGUUGAACAACUGGUGGCAGGUCCAACUCACACCCAACCAUGUGCAGGUUCACAAAAUCAAUGACAACAGCACUAUUCCCAAAAAUCAUCAUGUUGAUGUAGUUGCUGUUAUUCUGUGCCUUGGAAAGCCCAUCAAGAGAACAUCCACCAUCAUUGAGGAGGAUUGGACAAAAACAAAGAUCAAGGUCAAUCAUGUCCAUGUUUACCUCACUGACCAUUCUGGCGAAGCAGUACAUCUUGCUGCUUUCGACAAUUAUAUGGAUGCCUUUCUUGUCCUGGGAAAGUCUACUGUCCCAGAGGUCAUCAAGGUGUGCAGAUUUGUGCAUAUGCUGAAGGCUCAAGAUCAUACAUAUCCAGCUUGUCUGGAUAUCAAUUGUAACAAGAAGGCACAAACUGCGGAGAUGGAUAGGGAAAUGGAGGACACGAAGAAGGAUAAGCACUGGGUGACAGCAUUCAAUGGCACCAGUGAAUGUCUUUUUGGCAUGCCUGCAGCUGACAUGGCCAAGCUGCGCCAGGAUGACAAUGAGGCAUACCAGCCCAAGUUGGCACUCAUCGGAUGCCAACUGUACACUGUUACUCUGCAAAUUCAGUCUCUGAGUUAUGCUUUUGAUGACUGGGUGGCGAUUGACUUUGUGUACUGGGGGAAUUAG